GGUUUUAUGCUGUGCGAGGAAAAGUGAUUAAAAAUGACAACUUCAUUGGCCCAGCAACUGCAGAAAUUGGCAGCACCGCAGACAACGGUCACCCUCGUUGAUGCCCGGAGUCGCGCUUCUAUAUUGUUCGACCCAAAGGCGGCGGCCACCAAGGACAGGAGGGCCAUCUAUGAGAUUGGACUCAGUGGAUUGCAGGAGCUGACAGACUUUAAUCCGGCGUUCAAGGAGUUCCAGUUGACGCUAUUCGAUGAGGCCACGCUCACGCUGGAGCGCUCUGUGGAGCUGCCGGAGGUCAACAAAAUGCUGGAUGCGGCCAUAGCCAAGUUCCUGCGUCUGUUGUCGCCGUACUUAUUGCUUAGGCCGGCUCACAUGGCGUUCGAGUGGCUGCUGCGUCGCUUCCAGAUCCAUGAAUACAACAGGGGCGAGGUGAUGGCCUUGAUUCUGCCCUACCACGAGACAAACAUAUUUGUCCAGAUCCUACAGACAAUGAGGCUGCGCGAGGCAGACGCCGAAUGGUUCUGGCUGCGUCCCCUGCAGCGACCAGGCGUUCCACUGGCCAAGACGGCUCUGAUCAACCGAGCAGCCAGCAAUCCAGCCUUCCUCAGUUUCGUUUGCCGCACCACUCGCAAGGCCGUCAAGGAAUUGGGUCCGCGAGCCCAUCAGCUGCAGGCGCAGAUUAAUUUCUAUGCCACCAUCGUUGUGGGUGCCCUGCAAACAGCCAAACCACUGGAGGAUUGGCAUAUAAGUACCAUAUUAGAGGCACUGCUGCAAGGCCUGGUCUCCGACACAAUUGAUUUCAUGGCCGCCUCCUAUGUGAUUGUGGCCCAACUGGUGUCUCGCACCAAGCUGAAGAGCAAGGUCUGCGAUGCCCUGCUGGAGCGUGUGGCCAACUGUCCAUUCGAGCGGCUGCAAACCGAAUCCCUGCUGCUACUGGUUUGCAUCUAUGGCAAGCAACAGGCUGCCGGGCCACAGCUUAAGCCGGAAACAGUUCUGAAUUUUAUUGGACAAAAGUGGCUCAUUGCUGCCUUGGCAUCGCUGGCGAAUGGCAAUUUUGCCAUCCAGUCUCUAUGCAUGCCACUGAUGACGGGCGCUGUGACAGCUAUUCGCGAGGAUGAUCCCUCCUCGAAUUCUUAUAAGCAAUUCCUCGAUAAUCUGCUCUCCGAUGUGCCCUUUCCCAAGCCCUCUGCCCAGCAGUUGAUCAAUUGCUUUUUGGAUACUUUCGUGAAUACCGAAAUAGAAGCGGCGUCACCCCCACCAACUCCCAUGGAUGAGGAUACAAUUGUCAUAGAUUCGGAUGAUGAAAUCGAGCCUGAGAAGACCAGCUUUCAGACCUGGUAUGCAGCAUACCUGGAAAAACUAGAGAAACGCUAUCCGGAGGCCUUCGAUCUCAGUGUUAAGGAAGCCCUAAGUGCCAGAUCUACAAGCAGCAACCGCAAGAAAGCCCUGAAAUUGGCUUUGGGUUUCCGUUUAAAUACCUCGGAUGAAAAGGCAAAGCGUGUCUAUGAAAAACUCUAUCACUACAGCGCCGAUUGGCGUCUCAGCGCUGUCAAACAGCUCGUGCAGAAUCUGAAAAUGGACAAGAAACGAGAACGUAGCGUCAAGCUAUUGCAGGAAUGUCUGCCCGACCGAAUCAACGAUGAUAGUGGUGCUGUGGUCACAGCCAUACUCUUGCUACCCACAGAGGAUCUCGUGCAAAUGCUGGAGCCUGUGGUCUUUGCCCAGACCCUGUGUCGCCUACUGCGCCGAGCGCAAUCACAGCAGCAGCAGAGGGAAUGGCGUGCUGUGGUUACACUCAGUGUCCAGCAUUUGACCACUGACGCCGUUAGCAAUCAUUAUGACACAAAUCUAGUGCUGCUGGCCCUCAUGCCACUGCUCUUUCCGUCCGAUCCUCUGGCCGAUAACGAACACUGUGCCCUGCUGAUGAUACUGAAGAGCGAGUUCUGCGCCAAAGUCCCCUUCCUGAGACAACUGAAGGUGAGCAAGAAGUUCUCCGAGUUUGCGGUAACCAAACAUCGCCAGCACUUUCUGGAUGUGAUAGCCGGGAGCAGCCAUGAGCUGUUUGGCCAGGAGCAGGCCUUGCUGAAGAGCGUUGAAGAGCAUGGGGGCGAGGCCCAUCUGCUGGAGGCCUCCCAAUUGACACACCUGCUGCUCCUGCUCACCGCCUACGCAAAGCGACAGCUGCAGCCCCAUGAGAGCCUGCAUAUGUUGGACAGGAUCAGCCUGUACAGCCGGGGCCUUCAAAUCAGAGCCAUUAAAAGCAAUCGAGCCGACCAGAACUUUGUGCCCCUUCAGUUGUACCUGGACUUUCUGCUUACUCUGGCGCGGAAUACCAAAUGGACGGGUCUUGUGGCCACGCCCUGGACUCAGCCAACGGAUGGGCUGCGCCUCUGUCUGCGCUUGAUGGAAAUCCUUGGCGCCCAAGUGUUCACCGAACGCUGCGAACAUGCAGAGCGUCUGGAAUGGACACAAGCCCUCAAGCGAUGCUUUAGCUUGAUGCUGCCCGUACCUCAACACAAACUGGAGUUCCUGUCCAACUUUUGCGUAUUUGAGAGGCUACCACAGCUGUGGGCAAACGACUCGGAUUAUACCGUGUUCCGAGUGCAAGGCUUCCUGCUGCUGGAGGCGUUGAUAGCCAACCAGGACUGCAAACUGGACUGCAGCCUGUUGCAUGUCCUGCGUGUGGCCAACGCCUGUGGUACACCACUACAGACACUCCGCCUGCAGGCCAUGGACACGCUUCAGUUGAUGAGCCAACGAGAGCUCGAGCCGCAUGUCCAGCAGCUGGUGAAGGCGUUGCUCCAGCGGAGAAGUGAACUGGGCAUGGAUCACGAGCAGUAUGCCCUUAUACUCUACACGAUACUGCAGCCAGAGCAGGCCACGCCCAAAGAAAAGCUAAUGCUAUCGAAGCUUCGACGAGCCGUGCUGGCCCUGGCCUCUGAUCCAGAGCAACCACCAAUUUGCACUGACUUCCUACUUCGAGCCCUCAAACAUGUGAACGAUGAGCACUUCUUGACCUCCCUCCUGCCGUUGGGUAUUGCGGCUCUGCAGGAGAUUACACUCGCGCAAGGGCCCAACUGUCAGCUGAAGCAGCUGCCUUGGCCCCAUAGUGAGAUCUACAAGUCGGUGAUGGAGCGCUACGAAGGAAAUGUAGCUCUGAGUGUGCUACAGAACCAACCGCUCGCCUGGGAUCUGUUUGAGAAAAGUUUUACGCAUCAUGAUGCCUACAUUCAGCUGGACCAGAAGCUGCAGCCCAUACCGUGUGUCCUGUUGGGCAUCCUCACCCCCGAAACGUACGAGCGCCUGCAGUCGAAGCACAAGGUAUCGCUGAUCAGGCUGAUUGUGGAGGCGGCCACCAAGGCGGACAACGAUAGCAUCUUUUUGGCCAGCCACAGGCUGCUCAAACGCUGCCGCAUGGAAUGCCAGCCGCUGGUGGAAAUGCUAACAGAAAUGUGCGGCAAGGGAGUGCGCUCCAAGACACCCACGAAGCGAGGAAGCACGGCCACCAAGCAGGUGGACCUCACCAGCGCAUCCUGGAAGCAGGGCAUGACGCUGCUUGAGCUGCUGGAGAGCAAGAAACAACUCGUGGGCUCAGAGCUGCUGAUACCCACCCUCUUCGAGCUGCUGCAGUCCUGCCUCACGCUGGAGGAGCACACCGCUGCCGAGUAUCCCAAGCAGCUGAUCCUCUCCAGCCUGCUGCACUGCUGCCAAACGGCCCAAUCGGCUGGGGUUCAGCUGGCCAAGGCACUGCCAGAGUCCUGCUUCCGCAUCGAGCAGGUGGUUCAGUGUUUGAGAAACACGAAGAACCCCCAGACCCAGCAGCAUGCUCUGCUCUUCCUGACCCACUGUGCCGGCCUGUAUCCGCAGCAGGUGCUUCACAAGAUUGUGGAAAUCUUCACGUUCGUCGGCUCCACAGUGGCCAGGCACGACGAUGCCUUCAGUCUGCACAUCAUCCACAACGUGGUGGAGUCCAUUAUACCCAUCUUGCUGCUAAAUACCGGAGAAAGGGAUCGCCUGGUGAUACCCGUGCUUAAGGUAUUCGCGGACAUCUGCACGGAUGUGCCCGUGCAUAGGAGGCUGUCCCUCUAUGCCACGCUAUUCCGUGUCCUCGAUCCCAAGGAGCAUCUUUGGCAGUUUCUGUGCAUUGUCUUCGAGUCUCAAGUGCUGCUGGAAUCGAUCCCGCACAAGGUGCCGUUGGACAAGUCGCGUCUGGACUUUGUCCGCGAAUUGACGCUGAUGUUCGAGGAGCCAAGUGUGGCUCUACAGACCUGCAUACGCCUGCUGGAUUACCUCCAGCAGCUGCCGGUCGACAAAAGCAAGCAGUCGGGUGCCAAUGGAGGCAGCAGCUCCUCCCUUUUGUCCACUGAGCAGCAGCUCUUUGAUGUCCGCACGCGAUCGUUCAAGCAGCUCCGGCACUACAAAUACGUCAUCAUGGACUAUCUGUCGGGCAUCAGCAGUUCCAGCGAUUGGCAGGCGAAGAUGAAGAGUGCCAAUCCCAGCGAUCUACUCGAACACUAUCAGGCUCUGAUCUUGCAGACCCUGGCCUAUGUGGAUGUGGUCAAUCGGGCCUUGGAAGCAUCCUCGGCCAAUUCCUCGCUGGAGAAGUACUGGCGGGUGAUGUCCAAUCACGCGCAGGAUGUCCUGGACAAUGCCAUUGGUAUGCUGUCGCCGGAGUACUUCCUGAAUGUGAUCACCGAUCUGCUGAAUCAUCCGCUCAUCCAAGUCCGCAUCAAGGUGCUCGAACUGCUCGUCACAAAGCUAACGCCCACCUGCGAUUUCUUUGCCCACUCGACGACGGAGCACUUUGGCGUGCUCUUCGCACCCCUGGAGGCCAUCAUCAAUGGCAUCCUCGACAGCGGUUCGAGUAAUCCCCAACAGGCCCAGCUCCAGCAGACGGCCCUGCAGGCUCUGCAGCUCUUGGCCCAUCGCCAUGGCAGGGACUUCCUCGAUGAAUGCCGCUCCCUGCUGGCCACACUUACAAAGAUCACUAAGCGACGCUCCAAUGUGCCCAAGGCUGUUGUGGGCAAUGUGGUGCUCACCCUCGGGGAGAUUUGCUCUAGCCUGAAGGCCCACGCCCUCGCCCAGCUGCCCAAGUUUGCGCCACAACUCACAGAAUUCCUCAAGGAGCAGGUCCACCAAAUGGCCACACUAAAACAGGGACCAGACUAUGUCUGCUCCACUCUUGUGACGGCUUUCCACAAACUCUUCAAGGCUCUGCCCCUCUUUUUGGGCCCCUACCUCGUGGACAUCAUCUCUGCUUUGGUCCGUCUCUCUGUGCAGCUGGAUAGCCCACUCCUAAUAGCGGAUAAGCGCGCCCAGGCACUGAGGUUGCGUCUGCAGGAGGUUUGGUCUGUGGUUUCCCAGGGUGUGGAAGUGAGGAUCCUCGUGCCCAGCUGCACCAAGACCUACACUAGUUUGCUAGAACUGCAGGCCUACGAUGAGGUGGGCCAGCUGAUGCGUCAGCUUUUGCUGCAGUGCGUCAAACACAACACCAAUGCCCAACUGCAGCCUGUGCAGGAGGCGCUGAGCGAGCUCUUCCUGCAAGCGCUGGAGUUCCGUCUGCAGGUGCGUGGCCGCGGACUGGAGAGGUUGCAGGUAUCGGAGAUUGAGGGAGGCAUCACCGAAGCAUUUGUCACAUGGAUCCUAAAGCUGUCGGAGAGCAGCUUCCGUCCCAUGUAUUCCAAAGUGCACAAAUGGGCGCUGGAGAGCAGUGCCAGGGAGACGCAACUCACGUAUUUUCUGCUGACCAACCGAAUAGCCGAGGCUCUCAAGUCGCUCUUCGUUUUGUUUGCCAGCGACUUCAUAUCAGAUUCCUCGCAGCUGCUGCGGCAGCAUAACACUCUCAAUCCGGAAUUCACUUCAGGAGUGCCGGCAGAUGAUGUAGAGCUGCUGAUGGCCAUUCUAAACACCCUCUAUCAUGUCUUCUUGCACUGCACCGAUGACUUCAUCAACGACCAUCGCUUCAACACUCUGAUGCAGCCACUGGUGGACCAGCUGGAAAACGAUCUGAUUCUGGGAAGCGAGCCUCUGCAGUUGGCGCUCAGCCAGUGCAUUGCCCAGCUGGCCGUGGCCACCAACGAUGUCAUGUGGAAGCAGCUCAACAGUCAGGUGCUCCUGAAGACCCGUACCACGACGCCCGAGGUGCGGAUCCUGGCAUUCAACACUUGUGUGUCCAUUGCCCGUAAGCUCGGAGAAAGCUUUGCUCCCCUGCUGCCCGAGACAGUACCAUUUGUGGCCGAACUCCUAGAGGAUGAACAUCAGCGAGUGGAGAAGAACACACGCAAUGGGGUCCAGGAAUUGGAAGCCAUUCUGGGCGAGCCAAUACAAAAAUAUUUGUAAAUUGCCGAGUGUAAAGGAUUUUACCAUAUAAAGAUAAAGAUAUAAAGUAUA